CGGAGGCGAGCUGCAAAGCGCCAGCGCCGGCCAGCGGAGCGAGCGCCCGGACCCAGGAGCGAGCGGGCGAGGCGCGGGCGAGGCGCGGGCGAGGCUGGGACCCGAGCGCGCUCUGUGCUCCGCCAAGUGCCAACUUCUCGCGGACUGGCUGGGCGCGCACCUUCCCGCGGGGCAGUCAGCGGGAAUUAGAGAUUUUAGGGGGGAAAGUCGGCUUCGCUCUGUCCCCUUCCCCCGGAUUCGAAAUCCCCAUUAAAAAGCAAAACAACAGUUAACAGCAAACUUGCUCUCAUCCCGCCGGCCCCCUCAACUCCCGGCACCAUGAAGGCGGCCGUCGAUCUCAAGCCAACUCUCACCAUCAUCAAGACAGAAAAAGUGGAUCUGGAGCUUUUUCCUUCCCCGGAUAUGGAAUGUGCGGAUGUCCCACUGUUAACUCCAAGCAGCAAAGAAAUGAUGUCCCAAGCAUUGAAAGCUACUUUCAGUGGUUUUACAAAAGAACAGCAGCGACUGGGAAUUCCAAAAGACCCGCGGCAGUGGACAGAAACCCAUGUUCGGGAUUGGGUGAUGUGGGCUGUAAAUGAGUUCAGCCUGAAAGGUGUGGACUUCCAGAAGUUCUGUAUGAAUGGAGCGGCACUGUGUGCCCUGGGUAAAGAAUGCUUCCUCGAGCUGGCUCCAGACUUUGUUGGGGACAUCCUGUGGGAGCAUCUAGAGAUUUUGCAGAAAGAAGAUGUGAAGCCAUAUCCGGUUAAUGGAGUCAACCCUGCCUAUCCCGAGUCCCGUUAUACCUCGGAUUACUUCAUUAGCUAUGGUAUCGAGCAUGCGCAGUGUGUUCCUCCCUCCGAGUUCUCAGAGCCCAGCUUCAUCACAGAGUCCUAUCAGACACUGCAUCCCAUCAGCUCAGAGGAACUCCUGUCCCUCAAGUACGAGAAUGACUACCCUUCUGUCAUUCUCCGGGACCCUCUCCAGACAGACACCUUGCAGACAGACUACUUUGCCAUCAAGCAAGAAGUGUUAACUCCGGACAACAUGUGCAUGGGGAGGGCGAGUCGUGGUAAACUCGGGGGCCAGGACUCUUUUGAGAGUAUAGAGAGCUACGAUAGUUGUGACCGCCUCACCCAAUCCUGGAGCAGCCAGUCGUCUUUCAACAGCCUGCAGCGUGUCCCCUCCUAUGACAGCUUCGACUCCGAGGAUUACCCUGCUGCCCUGCCCAACCACAAGCCCAAGGGCACCUUCAAGGACUAUGUGCGUGACCGUGCUGACCUCAACAAGGACAAGCCUGUCAUUCCUGCUGCUGCCCUGGCUGGCUACACAGGCAGUGGGCCGAUCCAGCUGUGGCAGUUUCUUCUGGAAUUACUCACUGAUAAGUCUUGUCAGUCUUUUAUCAGCUGGACAGGAGAUGGCUGGGAAUUCAAGCUUUCUGACCCAGAUGAGGUGGCCAGGAGAUGGGGAAAGAGGAAAAACAAACCUAAGAUGAAUUAUGAGAAACUGAGCCGUGGCCUUCGCUACUAUUACGACAAAAAUAUCAUUCACAAGACAGCGGGUAAGCGCUAUGUGUACCGCUUCGUCUGCGACCUGCAGAGCCUGCUGGGAUACACCCCCGAGGAGCUGCACGCCAUGCUGGACGUGAAGCCAGACGCGGACGAGUGAUGGACACAGAAGGGGCUUGGAAAACCCUGCUGAGACCUUUCAAAGAACAACUUGCAUUGGUUGGACUCUUAAUUUUUAAUUGUUAUGCUAUGUUUUAUUUUUCCAGAACUCAUUUUUCACAUUCAGGGGUGGGAGCUAAGGGAACCGCAGCUGUAUUCCAUUGGCCUUUGGCAAGGCUGGAAAGAGAGAGUCAGCACCUGUGGGGUGGGUGGGGCCAGAAGUUCCUGAGCAGAUUUUCAGGAAAGAGAAAAAGGUCUUCUCAGAAGCCUGAUUGACCUCGCUUGCAGGAGGAAAUUAAAUACAAGCUAUUGUGUCCGGUCAUUAUUAUUUUUUAAUCUAAGAAAAAAGUCCGUCUUGAGUUGUGGAUCUGUUAGCAGGAGGAAUUGUCAGGUAAUGAGACUGAUAGAAAUCAAUCAGUUUGGAGGGUGGGAUUAAAACAUUUUCUUCAGGGGAUUACUAAACACAAGAAUUAUUAACCUUUCUACUUUUUGAAACAAAGAUGGACUUCAGUGGAAGGGGUCCAAGACUUGUUUUUAUGUUGAAGUUUAUUUUUAUUAAAUUUUGUGCCAGUAUUUUUUUUCUUAAAAAAACAAAAACAAAAAAGUCUUAAGCUCAGUAUUGUGAGUUUGUUGUUAUUUGCUGGCUGAGGAUUCUGUCAAGGUGAAAGGCAACUGUUUAUAUAGACCCCAUUGGAAAAAUCAAAGCUCUGAACUGAGAUCAGAGACCCCAAACUCACCUGACCUACAGCUAAAGGAAACAAAUGCUGAUUUGGGGGCAAGACAACUAUGCAAGUGAAUUCCACCUGCAGUUUGUAAAAACUUUUCAUAUCCCUUUACUUACUUGUCAUUAGAGAACUGUCAGGCUUUGGACUUAGUGUUAGGUAAAGGGCAUUAAGUCUUUGCACUGAAUGUAUUUUGCAGCUCUGCUUGGGACUGUCGUCAACCUAGGAACACUGUUAAAGCCUUGGGAAGGAAAUGGAAGGAGGAAGAUUAACCUGGUUUUUUGUUAAAUCUCUACCCGAAACAGAUGAGUCAGAAUAAAAGCUGUUUGCAUGGGCAUUACCCCUCAGGUCUUAGGUAGCCCUGAAUGCAUGCCACUCCAAACUAACGCUCUACAGUUUCCCCUUUGUGUCUUGUUUCCUCAGUAUCCCAUAUUGCUGCGCCCCCUCCCACCUCAUUAUUCAAUAGAGUGGAAUGUAAUGCUUUCUGAUAGGUGAAUGAAAGUGUAAUUUCAGACAUCACAACAUGAAUCAAAGAGUACAGACUUGCUAGGGUCCAGAGGCCAUGGCAAAUAAGAGGGUAUUUCAGUAGCAUGCAACUUGGCCUCCCCUGGGAAGAGACUUUCCUUUGAAGAAUGGAGCUUGUGAGGUAGGAUUUCAGGUGAGGCCGCAUGCAGAGGAAGUGGAAGAGCGUGCUGCAACCUCCGGCUUGACCUGUUAUCUCGGCAGAGGGCAAGUGAAGGUCAGCUUCAGAUGAGGAAUGACUUAACAGAGAAGAUACAAGGGAAGGAGCUUGGAAAGGAAAAGAAGGUGGUCCAUGAUGUUUCAAUAUAUAUUUUCGUUUUCUCAAAGUUUAAACACAGAGAGCUAGUUGAGGCAGUUUGGCCAGGGGUGAGGGGGUGAGGGAGGGAGAGACCUGAAAAUAAAGCACUGGUGUUAAAUACAAAGCAAGGAGACAUGCCUGGUAUUGUUAGAAUCCCUUCCACUGUAUACAGCCUUGUUAAGAGAAUGAUAGUAGACUUGCAUGAGAGAGAAGAGGUGACUGAUGGGCAUCUCCAGGCUGACCCUUUUGGGGGAGUUAGCUAAGAAAAUGAAAUCAUACCUACCUUGUUUCAUCUUCAUGAGAGUUGGUGGUUGACUCCUAGCUUCUCUUGCAGACCUUGAAUUACUAAGAGCAUAACUCUUGUCCAUGGGUGCUCUGUACUAAUUGGGGCAUCUUCACAAGGAAGCAAAGGCAAAACACCCUGGCUAUAUAUUUUGAUCUUACAGAUGCAGGUGCCUUAAUGAAGCUCUCAAAAUAUUUAGGAGCUGCUCAGGGAGUGUUAGGUGGAAUCAUUUGGAUUAUAUUGUUUUCUCUUGUAUUAUGUGAUCUUUGUUGGGCACUGGCAGUGUGUGUGUGUGUGUGUGUACGUGCACGCUCUUGUGUAAAACUGCAGCUGAAAUAGUAGUGAAUUUUCUACUUAGGUGUGUCCACAUUUCUAUAAUGGUGAAAGAGUACAGCCAGGCCCAAUGUCAUUGCUUGCUGUUUGCAACAGGCUUUAAAAAGUUACUUUCCCAAGUCUUGAUCCUUCCCUAUAUUCCAUUCAUGCUGAAAACUCCCCUUCUCCAAGUCUAACACCUGCAGUCCUAUAGCAGAUAAGAUGGAAGUGCCUCCCCACACUGCUCAGCUUGCUCACUUGCCAAGAUGCCCUUUCUCUCUCGGUCCACCUUUUUCAGGAUUUGUAGAUAGUAUGUUAGUCAGACAGCUUUUGUUGUCCAUCUGGCCAGAUGCUUUUUCCCCUGUUGUCCAAAGGCCAGAGACCAUCCCAGGCAGAGUGGUGGGUGGUGUAUACACUGGAAAUGUACAGCAUUGUUGCCUUGACGCUCUUUAAACACGCGCUAACUCCAGAGGAAGGGCGAACAGAUCUGAUCUAGCGGGUGACACCCUCGUUUUUUCCAGAGAGGUGCUUUCACGUGUGCAGUUGGCUUUUGGCUCAGAGUCAGGGAAGCAGGAGGGGGCCUCCCUACAUAGAGCUCCGAUGUUUGUGGCCAUGGAGAUUGGUGGAAGCAUUCUAGAUCAGACUCAUUCUUCCUCACUUUAGAGACCAACACUCUGGGUUUUAAAGCAUUAACCUUCAUGGUGAAAUCACACCUCCUCUCUUCUAGUCAUGCUGUGCAUGCUGCUUUCUCUGUUGGGGUCUAUAUAAAUUUGUUGAACUCUUACAUACAUUCCAAAGAAGUUUCAAGGAACCACAAAUAUAUGUAUACAAAUACAUAUAUGAAGUAUAUAUGUUAAAAUGAAAUUAUCUCUAUCAGGAAUACUGCCUCAGUUAUUGAAUUUUUUUUAAGAAUACUUUUUUUAAGCUGAGAAUUAUUGGGGUGAAAAAGAUGUUAUAUUGUGUUUGACUAUUUUCCAACUUGUAUUUUCAUAUAAUUUAUAUUUUUUAAAUGCUGAAAAUUUAAAAAGCAAGAUUUAAAAAGGAAAAGCAGGUGCUUUUUAAAAAUCAGAACUGAGGUAGCUUAGAGAUGUAGCAAUGUUAAGUGUCUUAUAUGUUUUUUUUUUUUUUUACAAAAACAAAUGCAAAAAAAUUCUUAUGGGGGAGUUUUUUGUUUGUUUCUUUUAGUAGCUGAUGCUGGCACAUCAUUUUGCUGGAAAGUUUUUUAUAUACUGUAGCCUGAUUUCAUAUUGUAUUUUAAACUGUGUGAAAUUAAAGAAACAAAGAAUUCAUUCAUAA